AUGAAACUAGCCGGGCAAACGUGGGUUUUCCUCGAAGCUAAAGCCGUUGGAGGUUGCACUCUCACCGAUGCGCUAUGUGAAGGCGACGAGUACUGUUUUCAAGAUGGCGUGUUUGGACAAUGCUACUCGCCCAAAAUCGGCACACCUACUCCUACAGUAAUAGAUCAUUUAGAAGACACUCAGCUAGAACUACUACGCUUAGAACUCACAAGAUUAGCGAAUCAAGGCCUUGAAUGGCAAGACCAGCGCUCACAAUGUGUACUGUCAUACUUCAAGCUCUCCAUGUACUACGGUCUUCAGUACGAUCAGGAUUUUUGUCAAGUCCAGAAUCCGGCUAACAUCUGGGCACUCAUACAGUUGAUCGAAAUGGGCUUACGCGAAGAUCCUACCAUAUCGGAUGCAGAUACACCUGCAUCAGCUGACGAUGUUGUCGAUGUGAACGAAGCAAAUGAAGUCCCAUUGAUUGGUAACGUGGUAGACGAUGAUGAUCAGAUCGAUACAAUUGUUCCAAUAGAGCAGAAAGAUGUCGAUAUCGCUGAAAACGAUACCGAACCAACAGAGGACGACAUCGUCAUACUACCAGAAAACGAAAUACAGAGCAUUCUCGAUCAAAUCCAUGAUCCGGCCCCUAAAAUCGAUAUCAGUGAACUAAGCGCUCAAGAUGCAAGCGAUGAUCCUGUUAUUGAAGACUACAUCGAACAAAUUGUGCGAUCUGAAAGCCCAGAUUUGUCCGUUUUGUCUGAUGAACAACUCAAUGAACUGAUUCGACGCCUCUACAUCUUAAAAAGCAACCUUACUGUUGAUGACGAUGACGACGACACCGAGCAAGGUGAAGGCGAAGAGGCGAUACCGUUGGACGCGUUGAGUGGCGGAGAGAAAUUGGUACUGAAAAAGGACGCCGAGCAAUUGGGUGACCUUCGUCAAGGUAAGCCGUUACUGUAG